AUGGCAAGCUACGUUGCAGGCUCUUCAAAUGAACAGCAACAGGUUACAAACUACAGGCUACUUAUAGACGAUAUUGCAACAAAACUAACUAGAAAAGAUGUCAAUUUUUUGACAAAAAGACACCACCUUGAGCUGGAUCAAUCAGAAGGAUUAGAUCCAGAGCCAGGCUAUGUUCUCCAGUGCAUGGAAGACAAAAGAAUAUUUUCUGCAAAGAAUCUUGAGACACUCUCAAACUCAUUAAAGAAGAUAGGAAGGAGAGACUUGGCUGAAUUGAUAGUGCAAUUUGAAAAAGGUAAAUACGUACCUGUCUUGAAAGAACCUAAACAAGUGACAGAUAAAUCAACAACAUCAGUGCAUCAUCUCAUUCACCGGACGGGUAAUAGUCGAUGGAGCUUUGAUACUCCAAAAUCUUUUUAUCGUACCAGCAGUGAGCAAAUGGCGAAGGAUUUACAAGACAAGCAAAUGGAGUCAGAGAUUGAGAUUGCACAAGAUACUGCAAAAAAUUUGCAGAAACAAUUAGACUUGUUUCUGUCAAAGUACCAGCUUGUUUUGCCUAAAGAUAUGAAAACAUCUUUUGCCAAUGCAUUGACUCAUGUCAGAGAAGCUAAUCAUUUACUCAGCUCAGCACAAAAUCUUUCACAAGAUGUAGCCUCUUCGCACUUUCAACGAAACACAAUGAGCCUCUCACUCCCCACAGUUCCCAGUUACUUUCAUCCUUCUCAAUCACCAGGUACACUGCCUGAUGUCUCUAACUCACACAAUCAUACUCAACAACAAGAACAGCCACCAAGGCAUGAAAAUGACAAGCCUAAAGGUUUUAGACGCCACUAACAAAUAAUGAACAAAGUUUUGUACAUUUGUAACUUUUU